GUUUCAAAAGAUAAAAGAGGCCAUUGAGACACAUAACACUGCUAGGUGCAGCAUUGGUCCACCAAAGGGUAUUGGUGAUCUGCUUCUUGAACCUUCCAAUGUUCCUGUUCCCAAGGAUAGACCAGCAGAACCUGUUUGAAGCAUAGGUGCAUCUUUGUAAUUUAUAAGGUGGUUUCACAAAGGGAAAGAAAAAACACCUCAAAAGAAGGCUGUGAUCUAGAGAAAACUUAAUUGAUAUGAAGGGAUUUAUAUAUAUGUAUUCUGUAUAUUUUUCACUUAUUUUUUUUAGAAGGAUAAUAUAGCACUCAGGAGUUGUUUUAACUCUACUUCAUUCUUUUUUCCAUUCAUUAGCUGAUUGUAAUCAAAUACUUGAGAACUUCAGUGAAAAUGAAUUAAGGAUUAAGCUGUA